UGGGAGGGGGGCCAAGGGCCCGGUGCCCCCGUGGUCCGGCCGGUCCCGCCCCAUCCUGGCGGGCUGAGUCAGGCGGCAGGAACUGGGCGGGGGGCGGCGCCGGGAGGAGCUGAAGCAGGAGCCAGAGUCGCUGGGAGCGAGCGCGGAGCCCAGCCCGGCCGGUACCGAGUGGCCCUGGGCCGGCGGGGACACGGGGGGCAAGCGCGGGGCUUGGAGGGCUGUCCCGGACCUACCAUGAACUCCAAGAAGAGAGGGAGCCCCGCGCGGACUCGUUCCAUGAUGUCCCUGUCGGUGCGGCCGCAGCGCCGCCUGCUCAGCGCACGGGUCAGUAGGAGCCAGUCCUUCGCAGGCGUCCUCGGCAGCCAGGAGCGGGGGCCCAGGAGCUUCCCAGCCUUCAGUCCCCUGGGGCCCCCACGGAAGCCCCCAGCGCUCUCCCGAGUGUCCAAGAUGUUUUCAGUGGCGCACCCGGCCCCCAAGGUCCCGCAGCCUGAGCGGCUGGACCUGGUGUACACGGCACUCAAGCGAGGCCUGACGGCCUAUUUGGAAGUGCACCAGCAGGAGCAGGAGAAACUCCAAAGACAGAUAAGGGAGUCCAAGAGGAAUUCCCGCCUGGGCUUCCUGUAUGACUUGGACAAGCAAGUCAAGUCCAUUGAACGCUUCCUACGACGGCUGGAGUUCCACGCCAGCAAGAUCGACGAGCUGUAUGAGGCAUACUGUGUCCAGCGGCGUCUCCGGGAUGGCGCCUACAACAUGGUCCGUGCCUACAGCACCGGCUCCCCAGGGAGCCGUGAGGCCCGGGACAGCCUGGCCGAGGCUACUCGGGGGCAUCGGGAGUACACAGAGAGCAUGUGCCUGCUGGAGAGCGAGCUGGAAGCACAGCUGGGAGAGUUCCAUCUCCGGAUGAAAGGGCUGGCCGGCUUCGCCAGGUUAUGUGUGGGCGAUCAGUAUGAGAUCUUCAUGAAAUAUGGGCGUCAGCGCUGGAAACUACGGGGCCGCAUAGAGGGUAGUGGAAAGCAGGUGUGGGACAGUGAGGAAACCGUCUUUCUUCCUCUGCUUACGGAGUUCCUGUCCAUCAAGGUGACAGAACUGAAGGGCCUGGCCAACCAUGUGGUUGUAGGCAGCGUCUCCUGUGAGACCAAGGAUCUGUUCGCCGCCCUGCCCCAGGUUGUAGCUGUGGACAUUAAUGACCUUGGCACCAUCAAGCUCAGCCUGGAAGUCACGUGGAGUCCCUUCGACAAGGAUGACCAGCCCUCAGCCGCUUCUACUGUCAACAAGGCCUCCACAGUCACCAAGCGCUUCUCCACCUACAGCCAGAGCCCACCAGACACGCCCUCACUUCGGGAGCAGGCCUUCUAUAAUAUGCUGAGGCGGCAGGAGGAGCUGGAGAAUGGGACAGCGUGGUCCCUGUCAUCCGAAUCUUCCGAUGACUCCUCUAGCCCACAGCUCUCAGGCACUGCGCGCCACUCCUCAGCCCCCAGGCCCCUGGUGCAGCAGCCUGAGCCUCUGCCCAUCCAGGUUGCCUUCCGUAGGGCUGAGACCUCCACUUCUGGGACCGUGGACGAGGAGAGGGCCAUGGCCCCAGCCCUGGCCAAUGGGCAUGCCCCCUACAGCCGGACUCUGAGCCAUAUCAGUGAGGCCAGUGUGGAUGCUGCCCUGGCUGAGGCUUCAGUGGAGGCUGCAGGCCUAGAAAGUCUAGUCCGGGGACCCAGCCCACCUGCACCCCCAGAUCCCACACAUGGGGAGCACCCUAGUCCUGUCCUUUCUGCCCUGGACCCUGGCCAUUCUGCCACAAGCCCCACUCUCAGUACAACAGGCCCCACCCACACAUCUACAGACCCUGCCCCCUCUGCACACCUAGACUCAGUUAACAAGAGCAUAAAUUCUAGCUCUCCUGAAUUGCCAGACCCCACUCACACCACUACAAGCUCCACCUCUAGUGCCGUAAGCCCUACCCAUAGUGCUCCAAGCCUCACUCACACUUCCACAAGUUCUACCCACAAGACUGUGGUCUCUACCGUCACUAUUACAGGCCCUACCCCCAGUACCACAGGACCAGUCCAGACCACCACAAGUCCCACCCACAAGCCAAUGCUUUCUACCCUCACUCCUGCAGCUCCUGCCCCCAAUACUACAGGCCCAGUCCAGACCACCACAAGCCUCAGCCACACUGUCACACACCUGACACACACUGUCACAAGCCCCACCAGCAAGCACAUGAUCUCUACCCUCUCUACUGCAGGCCCUACCCCCAGUACCACAGACCCAGCCCAGACUACCACAAGCCCCACCCACACUACCACUAGCACCACCCACACUACUGCAAGCCCUACCCAUACCACAAUAAGCCCCGCCCAUACCAUAAUAAGCCCCGCCCACACUACUGCAAGCUCUACCUACACCACCACAAGCAGUACCCACACUACUGCAACCCCUACUCACACAGCCAGGAUUUCAACUCACACCGCUACACCCAAUGCUAAGGACCCAGUCCAGAUCACCAUGAGUCCUACCCAUUCUGUCACAAGUCCCACCCUUAUAACUGUAAGCCCUUCCACUUUUCUAGACCUUGCCACGCUCUCCAACCCCUCUGCAAACACAGACCCUCCCCUCCCAGGCAUCGACCCCCUGUCCUGUAGCUAUGCAGCCUCCACUUCCUGCACUCAGGCAGACCCCAUAGCCCUCUGCACCUCCCACCCAAGUCCUACCUGUUCCAGUUGGGAACCACUCACAAGCCCUUCCCCAAAACUCCCAGAAGCCAUCCAUCAGAGCCCAAGUCCCCCUCCCUCACCCCUAGCCCCUGUGCCUCAGCAUUCAGACCCUAGAGUGGCCAGGGCUGCCCAGGCCCCAGUUCCAGGGGCAGCUGGAGGUGCUGGGGACAGGAAACUGGAAGAGGCACUGGGGGCCCUAAUGGCUGCCCUGGAUGACUAUCGUGGCCAGUUUCCUGAGCUGCAGGGCCUGGAGCAGGAGGUGACCCGGCUGGAGAGUCUGCUUAUGCAGAGACAAGGCCUGACUCGCAGCCGGACCUCCAGUCUUAGCAUCACUGUGGAGCAUGCCCUGGAGAGCUUCAGCUUCCUCAAUGAAGAUGAAGAUAAUGACAGUCCUGGGGACAGGCCCCCAAACAGCCCGGAGCCUGGGGCUGAGGACAGCCUCGACUCACCUAGUGCCCGACCCCUCAGCACGGAGUGUCCAGCUCUGGACACUGCCUUGGUCCAGCACCUGUACCACUGCAGCCGCCUCCUGCUGAAACUGGGCACAUUUGGGCCCCUGCGCUGCCAGGAGGCAUGGGCCCUGGAGCGGCUACUGCGGGAGGCCCGAGUGCUCGAAGCAGUAUGUGAGCUUAGCAGGCGAUGGGAAAUCCCUGCCACCUCUGCCCAGGAAGUGGUGCAGUUCUCGGCCUCCCGGCCCGGCUUCCUGACCUUCUGGGACCAAUGUACAGAGGGACUCAGCCCCUUCAUCUGCCCUGUGGAGCGGGUGCUCCUCACCUUCUGCAAUCAGUACAGCGCCCGUCUCUCCCUGCGCCAGCCAGGCUUAGCCGAGGCUGUGUGUGUCAAGUUCCUGGAGGAUGCCCUGGGGCAGAAGCUGCCCCGGAGGCCCCAGUCAGGCCCUGGAGAGCAGCUCACCGUCUUCCAGUUCUGGAGUUACGUCGAAGCCUUGGACAGCUCCUCCAUGGAGGCCUAUGUGACCGAGACUGCCGAGGAGGUGUUACUGGUGCGGAAUCUGAACUCAGAUGACCAGGCUGUUGUGCUGAAAGCCCUGAGGUUGGCACCUGAGGGGCGGCUUCGAAGUGAUGGGCUCCGGGCCCUCAGCUCCCUGCUUGUCCAUGGCAACAACAAGGUCAUGGCUGCUGUCAGCACUCAGCUCCGGAGCCUGUCACUGGGCCCUGCCUUCCGGGAAAGGGCCCUACUCUGCUUCCUGGACCAGCUCGAGGAUGAGGAUGUGCAGACGAGAGUGGCUGGCUGCUUGGCCCUGGGCUGCAUCAAGGCUCCUGAAGGCAUUGAGCCCCUGGUGUACCUGUGCCAAACGGACACAGAAGCCGUGAGGGAAGCAGCUCGGCAGAGUCUGCAGCAAUGCGGGGAAGAGGGACAGUCUGCCCAUCGACGGCUGGAGGAGUCACUGGAUGCCCUACCCCGCAUCUUCGGGCCCGGCAGCAUGGCCAGCACGGCAUUUUAAACUCCCCACCCACCAGCCCCCAGUGCCCCUUCCCCCCACUUUCAGGGCUUACCAGGCACUGGCAGGGAGGGUGAGGGCUGGCUCCAGACACUCCUCCCUCACAGAUUCCUAUCAAUGAAAAUCUAAUAUAUUCUCCUUUUGUCCUCGGGGUGGGUAGAGUCAGUGCCGCAGUCAAGUGCCUCCCAGCCUCGGCUCAGCACACUUGCCAUAGAUCGGUGUCCCGGGCCUGGCCGUCCUGCCUCUGCCCUGCCACGUCCCUUGGUUUUGUAUUUUAUUUACAGAGUUUUACAGAAAAUAAAAAAGCAAAAUGCCUUUCCUA